AUGGAUCCUGGAUCACAAGGAUGUUUCAUUAGUGAACGAGCUGCUCAAAGUAUUAAAGCAAGAAGGUACCCAGCGAAGGGAAGUAUCGUAGGUAUAGGUGAAGUGAAGACAAGAAUAAAUCAAGUAGUUCAGAUUCAGAUAGCAUCGAGAAGUGAAGAAUUCAACCUUCGUGUGAAGGCUUAUGUCAUGUCUAAAGAGCUGACUACUCAAAUACCUACAAAAACAAUUUCUACGAGCAACUGGUCUCAUUUAAAAGUAUUGGUUUUAGCUGAUCCACACUUCAAUCGUCGAGCAAACAUUGACCUUCUUCUUGGUGUCAAUGAAUAUGCACAAAUUGUACAAAAUGACGUCAUCAAAGGCGCACCUGGAAUGCCUUGUGCACAGAAGACAACAUUAGGUUGGAUUUUAUUUGGAGAAGCAAAUAUUCAUUCUGAAGGUGAAGAAUCGAUCAUGGUAAUGCACCACACAGUAGAAGUUGAAGAUAUGCUAAAAUCAUUGUGGGAAAUUGAUGUUGAUACAGAAAGAAAACUAACAAAAGAAGAAGAAUCAUGUGAGAAGUUAUACAAGGAGACAUACAAAAGAAAUGAAGAAGGAAGAUACGUGGUCAAACUACCUUUCAACACCACAAAUCCCCAAUCUCCUGACGGAAACACAAUGAAUGCAGCAUUGAAGAGACUAGAAAAUUUAGAAAGAAGAUUUGAAAGGCAACCUGAUUUAAGGAAGAGUUAUACUGAGGUGAUUGAAGAAUAUAUAAGCCUAAAACAUAUGGAAGAGGUACCUGAAGAUGAAAUAGAAAAAAGAUCUGUAUACUUGCCACACCAUGCAGUUGUCCGAACUGAUAAGGAGACAACAAAAACUCGUGUUGUCUUUGACGCUUCCUGCAAGGGCACAAAUGGCAUAUCCCUGAACGAUGAGUUAAUGAUAGGACCUGUCCUUCAAGAAGAUCUUAGAAGCAUUAUUAUGAGAUGGCGGAUGCAUAAAAUUUGUUUCGCUAGCGAUAUUGAGAAGAUGUACCGCAUGGUACUAAUUAAUCAAGAAGAUGCCGAUUUCCAGAGAGUAUUGUGGAGACAGAAUACUUCCAUUUCUGAUGAGGUCAAACAUUUUCGACUGCUAACUGUAACGUUUGGCACAGCGUCAGCACCAUAUCUUGCAGUAAAGACUUUAAUACAACUGGCUAUUGACGAAGGUGGUAACUUUCCAAUUGCUGCAAGAAUGAUUCACGAAGAUUUUUAUGUUGACGACCUAAUGUCAGGCUGCGAUACAGUACUUGAAGCGCUAGAAGCAAUCAAACAACUGCAAGAUAUACUUAAAAAAGGCAAGUUUCGUUUACAAAAAUGGUCCUCGAACAGUCCUGAGAUUUUACGCUCCAUAGAAGAAAGAGAUCGAUCGUCAAAGGCAAAUGUAGACAUAAAAGUGGACGGUACGAUCAAGGCACUAGGCCUAUCAUGGGACUUAGGAUACGACGAGUUUAGAUACAACCUAAAUUUACAACCUCACACUAAUAAUGUUACGAAGAGAGAAGUUUUAUCUGACUUACAAAAACUGUUCGAUCCACUCGGAUGGAUUGCUCCAGCUAUUGUGCAAGCGAAAAUAUUUGUCCAACGACUAUGGCUUGAAGGCUACGGAUGGGACAGUCUGAUCGAGAAUAAACUAAAAACAGAAUGGAUCGACAUACGCGAUGACUUAAACAAUGUUGGCGAAUUGAAAGUUCAAAGAUGGCUACACACAUUAACAAGUCAGAAAGAAAACAUAAGUAUACAUGGUUUUAGUGACGCCUCGAUGCAUGCAAUAGCUGCUGUUGUAUACUGUCGAGUUGAUAAUCCAGAUGGUGCAGUGAGAACGAACAUAAUAGCCGCUAGAACCAAGGUCGCACCAGUUAAGACUAUUUCACUGCCACGACUCGAACUCUGCGGAGCCGUUUUAGUUUCAAAACUUCUAAAACAUGUUUCAAAGGCGAUGAGACUGUCUCCUGCCCAAGUACACGCCUACACAGAUUCGUCAGUCGUACUAUCCUGGCUCUUUGGCGAACCUUGUAGAUGGAAACAGUUUGUCGCGAACAGAGUUGUCGAAACUUUAGAAAAUGUUGGCAGGAGCCAGUGGCAUCAUGUUCAAUCAAAACACAAUCCCGCCGAUGUUGCAUCCAGGGGAUGUAAAAUCAGAGAUCUGAAGAAUGAUAAACUGUGGUGGUUCGGUCCAACAAGGUUAUUAGAGCCGAAAAUACAAUUCGCAGAGCUGGAUAUUUUACCUAUCGAUCUGGAAAAAAGAAAAACAAAGGUUAUUAGCAUGAAAAUAGUUGAAGAUGUUACACCACAAGGAAAAAUUCUGAAUUUUGAAAAUUAUGACAGUUUAGAGGAACUACAAACGGUUAUUGUUUUAAUGAGAAGAUUUCUAAAUUUCAAAAAGAUGGAAGACAGAGAAAAUGCUUUAACAACAGAUGAAUUAGAAAGAGCUUUAAAGACAUGCAUUAAAAAGGCUCAGAGAGAAAGUUUUGAAGAAGAGAUUGGAGAUAUAUUGAAACACAAAAGGGUAAAAGGUAACAGCUGUCUGAAAUCAUUGAAUCCUUACCUUGACCACGAACAAAUCCUCAGGGUGGGCGGUCGAUUACGCCAUGCAAAUAUCUGUGAAGGCAGUAAACAUCCUUUCAUACUCGAUUACAAAGGAGCACUUACCUCGUUGAUAAUCGCCGACGCUCAUCAAAAAACCCUGCAUGGUGGAUUGCAGCUCAUGUUGUGUAAGCUGCGCACGAAAUUUUGGAUCAUAAGAGCUAAGAAUGUCGUAAGGAAACACAUACACAAGUGUCUAGUCUGUGCCAGAGCUAACGCUAAAUCUAGAAGUCAAGUCAUGGGAGACCUCCCAGAUAUGAGAGUGAAUCCAUCACGCUCCUUUUUAUAUACUGGAGUCGACUUUGCUGGCCCAUACAAUGUGCUCAUGUCUAAGGGUCGAGGCGCUAAGACAAAUAAGGCAUACAUUGCUUUAUUCAUAUGUAUGUGCACCAAAGCACUGCACCUGGAAUUGGUCGGAGAUCUCACAGCAGAAGCCUUUAUUGGAGCUUUUCGACGUUUCGUGUCACGAAGAGGCCGAUGUGCUCAUAUGUGGAGCGAUCAGGGUCGCAACUUCGUAGGUGCAAACAAGGACCUAGUUAACGCGUGGAACAUGGCCAAGCUGGAAUUCAAAGAUGAUAUUGCACAGACAUUGGCACGUGACGGCACACAGUGGCAUUUUAUCCCUCCCUACAGUCCAAAUUUUGGCGGGCUAUGGGAAGCCGGGGUAAAAUCGGUAAAAUCUCACCUCAAGAAGAUCCUCACUACCAAUUUGACAUGCGAAGAAAUGACAACACUUCUAUGCCAAAUAGAAUCGUGUCUCAACUCGAGACCACUGAGCCCUAUAGAUGACAAAGAUGUAGAUAAAUUGAAUCCAUUAACGCCGGCACAUUUUCUCAUCGGAGAACCUACUAUUACGGUACCAGAACCCGAUUUGAAGGCUGUAAACUGUAAUGUAGGUAGAAUUAUGUAUUAUAAUAAGUUGUGA